GGAGGCGGGCAUGGCAGAGCCGGCUGAGUUCCGGUCACUCUGCGGGGGACGCUCCCAGGACUGAGCGUGCAUUUUCACUCCGAGACGCCAAGACGGAGCACACGCGCGGGUGGGCAGAGCAGGGGACGGAGCGAGGUGUAGAAAUCACAAAUGUCUUCAAAGGAUGGGAGAUCCAGGAAUCGAGACAGGCACUACAAUGAGGUCCCCAGGGACUUGGCCCAUGAAGAUGGCACCAUAAGAACCCUCCAGACUCUCCGUGACAGUGAGCUGGCUGUGAGCGCUGAUCCUUUGCCUCCACCCCCUCUCCCAUUACAGCCACCAUUUGGCCCUGACUUCUACUCAAGUGACACAGAGGAACCGGCCAUAGCACCAGACCUCAAACCCGUAAGGCGCUUCGUCCCUGAGUCCUGGAAGCACUUCUUCAGAGGGAAGAAAAAGGACCCAGAAUGGAAUAAGCCUGUGUCAGACAUCAGAUACAUCUCAGACGGAGUGGAGUGUUCGCCUCCAUCCUCUCCAGGGAGACAAAACCACCACUCACCCCCCAACUCCGACAAAGAUCCUUACGGAGGGUCAGAAGGAACCUUUAAUUCCCGGAAAGAGGCCGAAGCGAUGCUUCCCCAGGAUCCCUAUGGGUCUCUGGGCCGACACACACAAACGGCUCUAACGUACAGUGAGAAGGUGGAGGCCUACAACCUGAGGUACUCCUACAUGAAGUCGUGGCCUGGCCUGCUGAGAAUCCUCGGGGUGGUGGAGCUGCUGCUGGGGGCGGGCGUCUUCGCCUGUGUCACAGCUUACAUUCACAAGGACAGUGAGUGGUACAACAUGUUUGGCUAUUCCCCGCCCACGGCCAUGGGAGGCUUUGGUGGCCUGGGCAGUGCAUAUGGGGGCUACUACUACAGUGGCCCCAAAACUCCUUUUAUACUCGUGGUUGCUGGAUUAGCUUGGAUCACCACCAUUAUUAUUCUGGUUCUUGGCAUGUCCAUGUAUUAUCGGACCAUUCUUUUGGACUCUAACUGGUGGCCCCUGACUGAGUUUGGAAUUAACAUCGCCUUGUUUAUUUUGUAUAUGGCUGCAGCCAUAGUCUAUGUGAAUGAUAUCAACCGAGGUGGACUCUGCUACUAUCCAGUGUUUAAUACACCAAUGAAUGCAAUGUUCUGUCGGGUAGAAGGAGGACAGACAGCAGCGAUGGUCUUCCUGUUUGUCACCAUGAUUGUUUAUCUCAUCAGUGCUUUGGUUUGCCUCAAGUUAUGGAGGCAUGAGGCAGCUCGGAGACAUAGGGAAUACAUGGAACAACAGGAGAUAAGUGAACCAUCAUUUCCAUCGAAAAGAAAAAUGUGUGAAAUGGCCAUCGGCGGUGACAGACAGAGAGACCAAGAAGUUCAUUUCAAAGAAUUGAGACCAACAAAUAUGAAACCUGAAAUACUGAGUGGACAUAUCCCCUCAGGCCACAUUCCCAAACCUAUCAUGUUGCCUGACUAUGUGGCAAAAUACCCUGUGAUUCGGACAGAUGAGGAACGGGAGCGCUAUAAGGCUGUGUUCCAAGACCAGUUUUCAGAGUACAAGGAGCUCUCUGCAGAAGUCCAGGCCGUCUUGAGGAAGUUCGAUGAGCUGGACGCAGUGAUGAGCAGACUGCCGCAUCAUUCGGGAAACCAACAGGAACAUGAGAGAAUUUCAAGAAUCCAUGAAGAAUUUAAGAAAAAAAAGAAGGACCCUACGUUUCUGGAAAAGAAAGAGCGCUGUGAUUAUCUAAAGAAUAAACUUUCUCACAUAAAGCAAAGAAUUCAAGAAUAUGAUAAAAUAAUGAAUUGGGAUGUACAAGGUUAUUCUUAAACCUUAUCUGAAACCACUUUUUUAAUAUCAAACUUAAUAUUUAUUUACUGUCUUUUUUUAUGUUAGUCUCUGUGAUAGUCAAGAAGCAAGUGCUUCCUGAAUCAGCUUUCGGUUGGUUUAGCCAGUCUGCAGUGUUAGAACAGUGUGGUUUCACAUCAGACAUUUCAGAAAAACUCAACUUUACGAAGAAUGGAAGACAUACUGAAUUCAUCUGUGUACAGUUUAUGUUUAUCUUUGUUGAAAUUGAAAGUGAUUUAGAGCUCAUAUCCUGGGGUGUGAGAGAAGACGAGUAUCAGUUCUGGUGCUGAGGAAGUCUUGAUUCUGGUGCUGUAGAGGAUCAACUUUUCCUUUUUCACUCAGGCCGGCUCCUAAGAUUUUCUAGGACAAAUUUCUCAUCCUAGCCAAAUGUGUCAUAUGUUCCCUGAAGAGGGUUUGAAGCCAACAUCAACAUUUUCAAGCCUGAUGAUCUUGGCCAAGUUGUGUGAUCUCUCGAUGCCUAUUUCCCCACCUGUAAAACGGGCCUAAAAUAGUACCCACCUCAUAGGGUUGUUAUGAGGAUUAAAUGCGUAGAACAGCCUGGCACAUUCUAAGCACUAUAUUAGUGUGAAAUCUAUAGAAAUGCUUGUGAAAUGAAUAAACUAUCUAGGAUAAGUCUCUGGAAAGGUCCUUAAUGAGCAAGCCCUGCCAACUAACCACAAGGCCAUGUGUCUCCUGACCUUCCCUGUUGUGUUGUUAAUAACUCUAACCACACGUAGCCUUAAGUAGAUGCUUUCAUUGUGGUUCUGUGCCCAAUGGGGUCCAACACAGCCUUCCCAUCUUUAAUCAGUCUCCCUGUGCACACAUCUCCACAGCCCAGCUGUUCCUGUACACAUCCCAUCUCAUGGGACCAUGUGGAUGUUGUUUGGACAUUUUCUCUGCUGUUUGGACGUUUAUCCUCGGGCCCCAUGACGUUACAUUUACUUAGAAUCCCCCUUUCACUUAUUGGGAUGCUUCAUCUUCCCAAGAACUAUCUUGGCUUUGGGGCUUUAUUCAUGAGAAAUGUUUUAUUUUUAUUAGUAUGAACAAUGAACUGCCUUAAAACAUUUUUUGAAAAUCCUUGUUAUUGGAUCCUGUUCAGCAGCAUUUAUCUUGUCAUUUCCCAGGUGUAGAAAUACAAUUUCUGCUCAGUAUAGCUGCCAUUCAAAUAAUUGGUGUCCAAAGAAUUUUCUAAAGUGAAACUGCAGAAAAACGUGGAAAUGCAGAGGGUUAAAAAGUGUUGGUUACUGAAUGAACCUCCUAGUUUUUCUUUGUCAAUGAAAUCUUAUUUAAUGUUGUUGUUAUUUUAAUACCAUGGUGCUCAGACUAUGCUUAGGGCCCUAAGAGUUUUAAGAGGUGACACGUAGGGAAGUGUGAGGCCCCCUCUGGAAGCACACACACCCCCUCCCAACUAGAACAGCAUCCCUUUCUAUUUUAUAUAUUGAGGCCCCAUGCUAACAAACAUUUCACUUAAGAGCACCAAUGCUUUAAAAAUAAAAUAGAUGAAAUAAUACAUUUUGGUAGACUGUAAAAAAUUUAGAUUAAUAUUGAAAUGAAGCGUUUAGGAAAUUUAACUUUGUGAAACUAUUUUACUACAAUUGUAAAUGUUAAUUUUUGAGAAGUGGUGCUGUAACACUGAUUUUUUAAAAAUUUUAUAUCAAUACCUAGGCAUAUUAAAACUUGUUACCUGUU